UUUCCGUUGUUUAAGCCAACUGAAGAAAGCGCCGUUUUAUUAGACACCUGCAGGACACAUGCAUUUCCAAGAGCUGCCUGUCUAUGUUAAUGGUUUGUUACAACAGCAAAUGCUAUAAAUACGAAGUAGUGUUCUCUGUCACCCUGAAUAAGUACACUGAGGUUGAUAUCAAAGAAGUGGAGCUACAUGAGAUGACAGGUGACGUCCAGACUGUAGGCCGAAACAAAAAUGGCAGCCUCAAGCGGAAGGUUCUGUCUACAGAUGAGCUGAUGAAGGAUGCUGGCACUCUAGGACCGGUGUUUUGGCUAGUGUUUGGGCUUUUCAUCGUGGUCCUGGUUGGAGAAAUACUUUACAUAGUCCUGACCCCUGGCUGCAAACCCGUCUCUGAGAUGAACUGGUGGAACAAAGGACCUCUGUACCAGAUAUCUGACCUUGUGGCCUUCUCUGACGGACUGGCAGGUGUUGAGAAAAAGUUGGACUACAUCAGCGAGUUAGGGGUGAAAGGCCUGGUUCUGGGCCCUCUUCACACCAUACAGGUCGACCAGCCGGACACCCUGAAUCUGACAGAGAUCAACCCGACCCAGGGAACAGAAGCAGCCCUGGUUGCCCUGCUGGAAAAGGCCCACAAGAAGGGCAUUUCUGUGGUUCUUGACCUGACUCCAAACUACCUGGGAGCUUCUCCCUGGUUCAGAACGGGUGAUCUUGACGAUGUGAUGGAGAAAGUCACGACUGCAGCGGCUCACUGGCUGCGGUUGGGUGUUGAUGGCAUCAAGAUAUCUGACCUCAGUCAUGCCUCCAUGUCUCCUGAUUGGUCAAAGCUGCAGUCUGCCGUCCAGGGCGACAACACUGAGGACACCAAGAAGAGGCUGCUGAUGGGUGUGGUGGAAGGUGUUUCAGCUGCAGAGGUGUCUCAGCUCAUCACUUCCUCUGGUGUCGAUCUCGUCCUGUCUGACCUGCUCAGCUCCAAAACAGGGGGUGUGGAGCACAUCAAGGACAUGAACAUCCUUCACUCUCAGCAGAGAAAUGUGGGCUGGGGUCUCGGUGCCGCCCGACUGGACCAGCUGUCUAAACAAGUCAUUUCUCAAGACCUGAUCCGUCUCUACCAACUCCUGCUGUUCACCAUGCCGGGAACUCCGGUGUUCACCUACGAAGACGAGAUCGGCCUUCAGGCACAGGGUGGAAAGAUGGUUUGGGACAUAGAGAGGGAACCUGCUGAAGGAGCUGUUGAGGCUGAGCGGAAGAAACACGUUGCUAUAAGGAAGUGGUUCAGAUCCCUCAGCGAACUGCGAGGCAAAAAGCCCUCUCUCCUCAACGGCGACUUCUACCCUCUCCACUCCCGCGCCUCCUCCCUCGCUUUCCUCCGCAUGUGGGACCAGAGCGAGAGAUACAUAACAGCUGUCAACUGGGGAGCAGCGUCUGAGAGACUCUCACUCACACCGGAACCUACAGUGGGACUAGUGUUGCCAGAGAAAGUCAAGGUCAAGCUGUCAACUGACCCGAGCCUGGAGGCAGAAUCCACAGUCAGCCUGGACAGAAUCAUCCUGGCACCCAGACAAGGAGUCCUGCUGGAGUAUCCCGCUUGUUUUUUUAACAGGACACUAGUCAGUCGGUCCUAAUCCUGAAGGAAUAAGGUGGCAAAUUCAAAAGAUACAGAACAUUUCUCUUUACCACAACAUAGAAGACUUUCUAUCAGUUUAUUAGACUGAACAGUCAAUGAAAAAGCUGCCAUUUAAAUCCAGAACAUUGUCCAGAUGUGUGACAGACGUUUCUUCAGUCCUUGUGGGUUUUAUAUGAUACAUUUUAAGAAAUUCUGUUGUAUUAACAGUUCUGAUUUGUUUGUUUGUUUUUCAUGCACUUUUCUCUGUUUUUGUCACUGAAAGGCAUGUGAUGCACAGGAAAAACAAGUUAACUUUGAACAUGUGACUGUGACUGUGGUUUAAAAGGUUUUAAGAGCGAUGUGACAAGGACAGAUAUGAAGACUCUGUUUUGAAUAAUAAUUUGUGUUUGCAGUCA